UCUGCGGACAGGCGGGUGGAGUGAACGCCCUGGCGAGGCCCGGCGCGUCACGCGAGCAGCCCCGGAGGCUUCGACCCCGCCCCUCCCGCCGCACGCACGCGCACUGCGCCCAGCAUGAGGGUCGCGGCCCUGAUCAGUGGUGGUAAAGACAGCUGUUAUAAUAUGAUGCAGUGCAUUGCUGCAGGGCAUCAGAUUGUUGCUUUAGCAAAUCUAAGACCAGAUGAAACCAAGGUAAUGGGAUCUGAUGAACUGGAUAGCUACAUGUAUCAGACAGUGGGUCAUCAUGCCAUUGACUUGUAUGCAGAAGCAAUGGCUCUUCCCCUCUACCGCAGAACCAUAAGAGGAAGGAGCUUGGAUAUAGGACAAGUGUAUACCAAACGUGAAGGUGAUGAGGUUGAAGAUCUCUAUGAACUUCUGAAACUUGUUAAGGAAAAAGAAGAAGUAGAUGGGAUAUCAGUAGGUGCUAUACUUUCUGAUUAUCAACAUGUUCGAGUAGAAAAUGUGUGUAAAAGGCUUAAUCUCCAGCUCUUGGCUUACCUUUGGCAAAGGAACCAAGAAGAUUUGCUCCGAGAGAUGAUAGCAUCUAACAUUCAAGCAGUGAUCAUCAAAGUAGCAGCCCUGGGUUUAGAUCCAGAUAAACAUCUUGGGAAAACGCUGGAUGAAAUGGAGCCUUAUCUCUUAGAGCUUUCUAAGAAAUAUGGAGUCCAUAUAUGUGGAGAAGGUGGAGAAUAUGAAACAUUCACUUUGGAUUCCCCUCUAUUUAAGAAGAAAAUAAUUGUGGAUUCCUCGGAAGUAGUUGUACAUUCAGCUGAUGCAUUUGCACCUGUGGCUUAUCUACGUUUUUUAGAAUUGCACUUGGAAGACAAGGUAUCUCCAGAGCCUGACAACUACAAAACAUCUACUUAUAUACAUAAUUUUUGAAAAAGCAUUUUAAGAAGAAAUUAAUGGAAACAUUGAUCAAUUGAAAAAAUGUCAGUGGCUUAUUCAUUAACAUUGCCAACUUCUCUGUGCUGAAUUUUCUUUGGUUAACACAGACUUUCUGUGACCUCUAUGUGACAUAUGUCCCUUUUGUUCCCCUUUAAUUUUACUGCAUCUCCUGUGUGUGCAAUUAUUUCAUCCCACUGUUUUCCUCUUUCUCCUUCCUAUCUCUGCAAACUUCGUCAUAAUACAGAGGCAUAUGAAAAGUCUAUCGCUUUAUUUAACCAGUCAAGCUUAUUUUACUGCAUAUCACCAAAGUGAUCUCUCAUUUUUGUUUUGAAUAUGUUUAUGUUUCAAAAGUAUCAAUAUUACUGGACAAGUAGAAAUAAUACCAUAACAUUUAUUUGUUAUUUUACAACCAUGUUUACCUUACACACUUAAAAAAAAAAAAAAGACUCAGGGGGAGGGGACAGUUUUUAAUUUCCAGCAAAAUUGAGAAGUACAGA